CUUCAUUUUGUUUCCCAUUUUUCAUUUCGCGCUUUUCAUCCAGUUCUGGUUCCAACUUGAGCAUUCAAUUGGACGAUCUUUCAAUUGAUAAGAGAAGCGUAGAUGCCCGUUCAUCUGUUCCAUUCUUAACAUAAAUUCGCAUAUACAUACACACGUAUAUAGAAAGACUGGUUAAAGAUAACCUAUAUCUAUAACGAGCUUUCCUUUGCUCGCGACGGAGCAAAGAAGUUUAAGAGCUUACGAUAGUACAAUACAGGCAUGAAAAAUAUUGGUUUUGAUUAGCAAAGGAUGAAAUACCAAAGAGCUUUCGAGAUAAAUGUUUAAUAAUCUUAAAUUUUUUGUAUGAUUGUUCUAAUCAUUGUCAAAAAAAUCUCAGUUUAGAGAAUGGCUAUAACUGUGCGAUCAUUAUUUCGCGAUGUAAACAGAACGUUUUGUAACUCUGCCUCCAAGCAUGUCGUCAAUUCUAACUCGGACAAGAAAGAAUCAAAUAAAAAUGCAAUCAAGAAUUGGAAAGUGGAACUGUACGAUACCAUGAAAGUUCUGCCGAAUUUUAUUACCGAGAAAGAAGAGGAUAUUUUGGUACAAGAGGUUGAUCCUUACAUGAAACGGCUACGUUAUGAAUACUCGCAUUGGGAUAAUGCGAUACAUGGCUACAGAGAAACUGAAUGGAAGAAAUGGAGCAAAGAUAGUACACAGAUUCUUGACAGAGUUCGUAAGGAAGCGUUUCCAGUAGAAGUAACACAACUCUCCCUCGUGCAUAUAUUGGAUUUAGCCGCCGAAGGAUGGAUAAAACCACAUAUUGAUAGUGUCAGGUUCUGUGGAGGCAUCAUUGCAGGAUUAAGUUUGCUAAGCGAUAGCGUGAUGAGAUUAACGAUGGAGGGGCACGAAAAAGAAUGCGUUGGAUACUUCCUGCUGCUAAGAAGAUCAUUGUACAUUAUGAGUGGCGUCGCGAGGUACAAAUACCAUCAUGAAAUCCUCAAGUCUAAGGAAUCAUACUUCGAGGGACGACACAUACCAAAAGGCAGGCGCAUCUCUAUAAUAUGCAGAAGCGAAGUUGAUCCCGAAAUCAUUCAGUCUGUUUAAUUAUAGUGAAGAUGUAUAUAGAUAAUGUCGUAUAUAGAUAAUUUUGUAAAUAAUCCAAAUAUCCAAAUUUUGAUCCCAUGUAAAUAAAAAAUUAUUAACAAA